AUGCAAGUUCAUAAAGUAGAAUUAGAGAGACAAAAAUUUGAUAAUCUGCCACUGAUUUCAUGGCGUAAACGUGCCGGGGUGAACACUGUGUCUAGUGAAAAGCACACAACAAAAAAGAAUAUCAUUGAACAAGCAAAAGGCAGCAAGCACAUCACAUUUCCAAUAUUUAAUGCUGCACAUUCUCUCCCCGCUUUUUAUUAA